UUAUAAAGGUUGGCUGCCUCGGCAGCCCCUCUCCCUUGCCACCUCCACACCAGAGCCCCAGAGUGUUCAGCUCAGCUCAGUGCUCCACGCGACGAGCUCCACUGAAGUUACUCUGCCUGUAGCUCGCCAUGGCGUCAGGGGAAGCAGAGCCGCUGCAGUACACGACCACCGUGCUGCGGGUGUCCAUCCACUGCGAGGGCUGCAAGAAGAAGGUCAAGAAGGUGCUGCACAACAUCGAAGGAGUGUACAAGGUGACGGUGGACGCGGCGCAGCACAAGGUGACCGUCACUGGCAGCGUGGGCGCAGACGCGCUCAUCAGGCGGCUGCACAAGGCCGGUAAGCUGGCCGCACUGUGGCCGGCGCCAGCGCCCGCGGCCGAAGCCACCGAGGCAAAGAAACCCAAGGAGGUCGCCGCGGCGCCGCCAGCGGCCGGGGAGGGCUGCAACAAGGAAGUAGCGGACAAGGCGGACGCGAAACCGAAGGAGGCGCCGAAGGACAAGCAGCCUGAAGCCGAGAACUCGGAGAAGAAGCCGGAGAAGGACAAGGGCUCAGAAAAGAAGCCGGAGAAAGCCGAGGCAGCGAAAGAGAAGGGCGAGGCCAAGAAGGACAGCGAGGCGGCUGAGCCGAAGGAGAAGGGCGCCCCUGAGCCAGUCAAAGAAGCCACCGCCAAGGAGGCGGGCGGAGAGGAGGCCGGCAGCGGCAAGAAGGGCAAGAAGAAGAAGCACAAGCAGAAGGACGGCGGCGAGGGUGAGGCCGCGUCGGAGAAGCCGACACCGGCGCCAGCGCUGGGCCCGGAGCGGCCUCACGGCGCGUUCCCGUACUACGCCCCGCAUCCGGUGAUGAGCUACAACGUCGCACACCCGAGCUCGAGCGUCUCAUACUACGCGCCCAUGCCUGUGGUACCCAUGCAGCCGAUGCCGAUGCCGCCGCCGACGCCGCAGAUGCCGUACCCACCAAUGAUGCUGCCGCCACCGGAGUUCCUGUACGGCCCGCCGGGCACGCGUUCGUUCUCGCCGCAGGAGUCGUACAGCAUGUUCAACGAGGAGAACGCCAAUUCCUGCAGCCUCAUGUGACGUUGCCGCCCCGGGACGCCGGCGGCCGUCGAGCUGUAGUUAGAGAGAGGCUUUCGUAAUAGAAGCCUCUUCUCGUGGUUACUAGGUACUGCUAAUUAGGUGGUCAAAGCCCUUCUUGACCAGAUUUUUCCCUUGAAAAUUGCUCCUGGCGCAUCAUGUAAUCAGAUGAUCAUAUUCUAGUACUACUUGCAAUGUGUUUUUUUUCUCUUCUAUCUACUCUAUGUCAUGAACACCUGAACAAAAUGCGGAACACAUGGAUUUCGACGGAUGUUUGCAGGAACUACACCGAUCACUGCAAAACAAAAAAUGGAAUGCAAUUGGAAAAAUUUGUGAGGA